AUGGCCUCUUUUCGCCCUUUCGAGUGGCUAAUCAUUUGCACAACAUUGUUUGUUGUUCUUGUUGCCCGAGUCAUUGCCAUUGACAUCUACCAUGAAUGGGUUGUUUCCACUGACACUACAAUUAGACCCGUGUCGUCUCCUCAACCUGUUAUCACCAUUAAUGGAAUGUUUCCAGGACCCCUCAUCAAUUCCACAACCAAUGAUUUUGUCCAUGUCAAUGUCUUUAACAAGUUGAACGAGCCAAUACUCUUUACAUGGAAUGGCAUACAGCAGAGGCUAAACUCAUGGCAAGAUGGAGUGUCUGGCACAAACUGCCCCAUUAAACCUGGUACUAACUGGACUUAUGUGUUCCAGACCAAAGACCAGAUUGGCACUUUCACUUACUUCCCCUCCACCGACUUUCUAAAGGUUGCUGGAGGAUUCGGACCCAUCCGGAUCAACAACCGAGAUGUCAUCAGCAUCCCUUUUGCCAAACCAGAAGCUGAGUUUGAUCUUCUCAUUGGUGAUUGGUUUCAAUCCGACUAUUGGAUAGUUAGGUCAUUGGUGAAGUACAAUUACGAGAAUUUUGGUGAUGUCCCUGAUGUGAUGUUGAUGAAUGGCAAAGGCCCUUAUGGGGACCCAACUUCAAAAGCCUUUGAGUCCUUCACUGUCACACAAGGAAAAACGUAUCGAUUCCGAAUAUCAAACGUGGGGACUGCAUUCAGUUUCAACUUCAGGAUUCAGAACCACCAGAUGGUGUUGGUUGAAACAGAAGGAUCAUACACCAACCAGAUCACACUGGACUCUCUUGAUGUGCAUGUUGGCCAGUCCUACUCUGUUCUUGUCACUGCAAAUCAAAGUGAAGCCGAUUAUUACAUAGUGGCUUCUCCAAAAUUGUUCCUCACUUCGAAUACCAGCUCCCGUGUGGCCAAAGGGGUCCUGCACUAUGUCAAUUCUACUUCAACAGUUGCGGGACCUUUGCCAACAGGACCCGAUCCAUUUGAUGUUGAUUUUUCGAUAACUCAAGCUAAAUCUAUCAGGUGGAACCUGACUGCAGGAGCUGCAAGGCCUAAUCGACAAGGAAGCUUCAAUGUGACAAACGUUACCCUUUCGCAGACAUUUAUCCUCCAUGGAUCGGAAGCUAAAAUUAAUGGUUUCCCAUACUACGUAGUCAACAAUGUCUCGUAUCUCACCCCCGAUACCCCAUUGAAACUUGCCGAUCAAUUUGUAAACGGGUCGGGUGUAUACCAACUUGAUACAUACCCUGUCCACUCUAUCAAUGACGCUGCAUCAACUGGAGUUUUUGUUGUGACUGGAGUCCACAAAGGGUGGCUGGAAAUUGUGUUCAAGAAUGAUUUGAAACUCAUGGAUUCUUGGCAUUUGGAUGGUUACGGAUUCUACGUUGUUGGGUUUGGAGAAGGAGAAUGGACACCGGAAUCUCGCACUUCCUACAACCUCUACGAUCCCGUUGUUCGGUCCACGGUUCAGGUGUACCCCGGAAUGUGGACAGCAGUAUAUGCAUUCCUUGACAAUCCAGGAAUGUGGAAUUUGAGAUCACAGCACUUGAAGCAUUGGUUCCUUGGUCAAGAACUCUACAUCAGGGUACACGACGAUGAUCCCAACCCUGCCAAGGAGCGGCCGCCACCGGAAAACCUUCUUUUAUGUGGUUAG